AUGAGCAUGACGUUGGCAAAACACGGAGCUGCGGCUCAGCCAAAAGAUGUGAGCGAACCGCCCUCUCCCCCGGCCCCUCUCCCCUCUGCCGUACUGAUACUUCCUUCCGCCUCAAAUCAGCAGUUGGAUCCCCAGGAGAUUGUCCGACAGCAUGUCAGCUUUGUCCCCAGCGGCCCUGGAUGGCAGGGCAUGCCCGAGCUUCCGACUCCCGCCGAGAUCAACCGGAGUUGGAACGACGUCGAGGCUCUACCAACCGAUCGCGUAGAUGAGCCCUGGGAGCAGAAGGACGAGUACCUGGCCACCAAGUACAAGAUUCUCCGCUGUGAGGGCACUGAGAGUCUGCGCCAUGCCGUGUCGACGUAUAAGCUCGACCCGUUCAUGUUUGACGACAAGACUACAUGCGUCUACACCAAUGUCUACAUCAUCGGAUACCUGAUGACCCGCAUCGGCGCAUUCUUCAGAGUCCGCUUCUCCACCAGGCGUGCCGGUGUCAAGAUCAAGUGGCUGCAGUCUCGCCGCUUCACCCCCGGCACCAUCCUAGCCAUCAGCACGGCCGAAGACAAGUUCCAGACCAUCUGCAAGAUUGCGGUUGUAGCCCAGAGGCCGUACAAGGACGGCCUUGAUCAGAAUCCCCCGCUCGUCGAUCUUCUCUGGGCCGACCCCAACGAGGCUGUUUUCGAUCCUGGUCUGGAGCUGGUCAUAGUCGAGUCUCGUACUGGAUACUACGAGGCUGCCCGCCAUGCUCUCACGGGGCUUCAGCACGUUGCCAACGAGCCCACGACGCUCGACAAGUACAUAGUCUGUGGCCAGCGCAAGGUCGAGACCCCAGCAUCCGUCCGCGCCUCUCCUGUCAUGGACCUCUCGCCCAUAGUCCAUGCCCCACCCCAGGGAGACCCAGAGGAGAACUAUGCCAUUGCGCUUCACAAUGCGAAAGCUCCGUUCAGGGAGGUCGACAUUCUCGGCAAGGUCCCUGGUGGCCUCACGUCGGUCACGUCGAUGGACCAUUCGCAGAUAAUGGCGCUGAAGGACAUGCUCACCAAGGAGAUUGCCAUCGUACAAGGGCCUCCGGGAACAGGCAAGACGUUCACCUCGGUGUCCACUCUGGAUGUCCUUCGAGAGAACCGGGAUCGCGUUCAUGACCCUCCCAUCAUUGUUGCAGCGCAGACCAACCACGCACUGGACCAGAUUCUGAUGCACUGCGACGGCGCCGGGGCCAGCAUCCUACGCGUGGGUGGUCGCACCGAGAACGAAAAGAUGCAGGAGCGAACCGUCUUUUGCCUGAGAAAGAUGAUGGCUGGCAACCAGGCCCAGAGGAGGUUCAGGGCCCUUGACCAGGUUCGCCGCCGCGAAAUCGACCGGCUCAGUGAGAAGCUUGUCGGCGCUUUCCCGGAGGGUCUCCUAAAGCCAGCGCUUCUAAAAGAAUACGGCCUCCUCACGCAAGCCCAUCUUGAUUCCCUUUCAGACUCGGACUGGGAGGGCUUGCCUGGCUCGGGUGCUCCUGAUGCCGAUACCGGUGAUACCGACCAAGAGGCGAGUCUAGAGCUCUGGCUCGGUGACCAGAGGACAACAGGCCUGGCCGCCCAAGCCGAGCCUGAGUUCGAGAUGGAAGAGACCAUUGGCGAGGUCAACAGGGAGUACGAGGUUGACGUUGGUCUGGACCGCACCGCUGAUGAGGAUGAGGACGGCAGGAUCCACGGGACCUGGAUCGUGCUCGACUACAAGCAAACCGGCAAGCUCCCGCCCAAAGCCAGACGAACCGGCAAAAACAAGACGCCCGAGGACUGGCUCGCGUCGACGGACGACCUGUGGGAUAUCCCGUCCCAUUUCCGUGGCGCAGUGUACCGCCAUCUCCAGGCCGGCCUCAUGAAGGCAAUCCGCCCCGUACUCGUGGAUUGUCUCGCCGGGUACAAAAAGAGCUGCCAGGAAAUGAAAAUUGGCAAGUGGACUAACGAUCUACAGCUGAUCAAGGCCCACAAGAUCGAGAUUGUGGGCUGCACGACAACGGGUUUGACCAAGUACCGCGGUUUUCUGGCUGCGAUGCGCCCCCGGAUCAUGUUGAUCGAGGAGGCUGCCGAGACGCGGGAGCCCAACAUCGUCUCGGCGCUGUACAAAUCUCUCCAACAACUCAUCUUGGUUGGAGAUCACCAGCAGCUGACUCCGCACUGCGACAUCCAGGCCCUCAGCGGGGCUCCCUUCUUCCUCAACGUGUCUCUGUUCGAACGCAUGGUGAAGCUGGGCAUUCCAUUCAGCAGGCUGACGCAGCAGCGCCGGAUGAAGCCCGAGAUCCGUCAGCUUCUAGACCACUUCUAUGAAGGCUUGUCGGACCAUCCUCUCGUUGCGUCGCGCCCGGAUGUGCCAGGUAUGGGCGGAAGGAACAUGUGGCUCUUCCACCACCAGUGGCCCGAGGAGAUGGACGCCGACUGCUCCAAGUACAACCGCCAGGAGGCCGAGAUGGCGGUCAAGUUCUUUGCCUAUCUUGUCAACAACGGCACCGAUCCUGGCCUCAUUACCAUCCUGACAUUCUACAAUGGCCAGCGCAAGGUCCUGUUAAGGAUGCUGCGUAACGAGCCCGCGCUCAGGGGCAUGUCAUCCUUCAAUGUCUUCACGGUCGAUUCGUACCAGGGCGAGGAGAACGACGUUGUGAUCCUGUCGCUGGUGCGUAGCCCCAAACCUGACGCGCAGUACCUUGUCGGGUUCCUCGAGGACAGAAACCGGGCCACGGUAGCCAUCUCGCGAGCCCGCUGUGGUUUCUAUAUCUUUGGCAACUUCAUCAACCUGCUCCGAGCGAACGAGGAGUCGUUCUAUGUCUGGGGCAACGUGCACAGCUGCUUUGCCGUGAAUGGCUACCUUGACACUGCGCGAGGACUCCCCAUUGUUUGCCAGCAGCACGGGUCCGAAACGUGGAUCAAGGGGUUAGACGAUUUUGUGGGAAAUGCGGGCGGAUGCCGGCGGAUGUGCACGGGACAUCUGCCUUGCGGCCACAAGUGUCGGCUGGCGUGUCACUGGCGACGCCACGACAGCUAUGCCUGCUCCGAGCCAUGCACCAAGAAGCUGCCCUCGUGCGGCCAUCCGUGCUCCAACAGGUGCACCGAGAAGUGCUUCUGCAAGCAGUGUGAAUUUGAGCAGUCGGCGGCAAGCCACCAGGCCAUGCUGGUAGAGCGAGCUCUCCAUCCUUCACUUGAGGACGUUCUGGACCACAAAGACCUUGGCGCCAACGACGCGAUUCCCGUGGCCGGCUCGCUCCUGGGCCGUGGCCGUGGUGGGGGCGCGGGCAGGGCCGCCGGUGUUGGGCGCGGCGGUAUGCGGGGAGGUAAUGCCCGAGGCGGUGGCCAGUGUGCGAUGGUACCGAGCAGCGUGGCCAGCUGGGCGGCGUACUCUCAAGACACGAGCAAGUUUGACGAGAGGGACCGGCUACAGGCGAGCGCGGCGAGGGCUGCGUUGCCGCCGAGGGAACGCAUUGACAUCAAGGAGAAGUUCAAGGAGGCGCGUAUUGUCAACGGCCAGCGGACCAAGGCUGCGAAGAAGGUAGAGGUUCUGCUGCCAGGUCUUGAUGGUAGCACGGAGGAGAGCGCCCAGGCGGCCAGCGGAUCCAACAGGCCUGCCAGUCUAGUGGAAUUGAGUGAAGCGGCCAAGGGUACCGGCAGAGACUCUCGUCCCAACAAGGCUGUAAGCGGUCAGGCUGGAGCCACCAGGGCUUUAUUCCGCCCGGGUCACUUUGUCGGCAGCGAAGCCCUGCCAGCGACUACGAGAGCUGUGCCGGCGACUGCUGGGGCUGUGCCGGCGGCCACUGAAGCCCUGCCGGCGACUACGAGAGCUGUGCCGGCGGCCACUGGAGCCCUGCCGGGUACUGCCGGGGCCUUGCCGGCAACUACGAAAGCCCUCCCCGAAGAGGAUGAGGAUCUCAUAAGCCUGGUGUAG